UGCGCUACGGUGCCUCCUGUGGACACAAGACACUGGAAAGCUUUAUCAGUCUCAUCCUUCGAUUGGACUGCAUGGAUACUCAAAGACUGCAUCAAUGAACAUCAUCAACCCAUGUCUCAAGAAAGAUGGUUUUGGGCCCAUCACUAACCCUCUAAAGUUCCUCAAACAAGACUUCCAGCAGCUGAAAAAGAACUGUCUCAUCCAACGCUUGAGGUACACCGAUGAGAUGUUCCCACCUGACAGGAACUCCAUCGGCGAAGGGUUACUGACCCCUGCUGACUUGGCCCGAGUGGUGUGGCUAAGACCAGCGAAACUUGUUCCCAACCCAUCUCUUGUUGUUGAUGGGGUCUCCAGAUUUGACUUUGGUCAAGGCUUGGUUGGAAACUGUUGGUUUCUUGCGGCUAUCGGGGCUCUGACAUUCCAGAAUGACAUCCUUGAGCAAGUUGUUCCUCGCGAGCAAAAAUUUGAUGAGGACUACUGUGGGCUGUUCCACUUCAGGUUCUGGAGAUUUGGAAGGUGGGUGGAUGUUGUCAUUGAUGACAAGCUACCAACAAUCAAUGGCAGACUAAUCUUUGUUCACUCCAAAGACCCAACUGAGUUCUGGCCUGCUUUGCUGGAGAAAGCUUAUGCGAAAGUGUGCGGUUCCUACUUAGACAUGAAUGCUGGAACUCCAGCUGAGGCUUUGGUGGACUUCACUGGUGGUGUUCACAUAAGCCUCCAUCUGUCAGACCGUCCUCCAAAUCUGUGGGAAAUGAUGUGCAGAGCUUGCCAAUCCAAGUCACUGAUGGGAUGUGGUACACCACAGGGGGAGACAUCUGACAACAUUGUACUACAAAAUGGAUUGGUCCAAGGCCAUGCCUACAGUGUUACAGGUGUGAAACAGAUCACGAGUCGGGGGCAGCUAGUACACCUGGUCCGUUUGUGGAACCCCUGGGGCAAAGGAGAGUGGAACGGAGACUGGAGUGAUCGGUCGCCUUUGUGGAAAACUGUGAGUCCUCAAGAUCGUGAAAUGUGCCUUUCUGUGAUUGACAAUGGGGAGUUUUGGAUGACCCUGGAAGACUUCUGUAAGUUCUACACGGAUCUUGACAUCUGCUGCCUGUGUCCCGACUUCCUUGAUGGAAGUUCUUCUUGCCAUUGGAAGACCUCCUUCUACGAGGGCGCUUGGGUGGCAGGAACCACGGCUGGAGGAUGCAUGAAAAACCUCGAGAGCUUCUGGACUAAUCCACAGUAUCGGGUCAAGAUUGACAAACUACUCAGUGAAUGUUCUACGAAACAGGGUGAAAAAAACAUGCUGGUGUCUCUCAUGCAAAAGCCUAACAAGAGGAACAGGCGUCUUGUCCAAAAUCUUCACAUUGGAUUCUCUGUAUUUGAGGUAAAUAUUACUUACGAGGAACAGAGGGGGAAGUUCCCAGCCUCUUUCUUCAGCAGAUACAAACCUGUUGCCCAAACUAAAACCUACAUGAAUGCACGUGCAGUGAUGGCGUUCAUAAUGCUGACACCAGGCGAGUACCUGAUUGUGCCGUCCACCUUCAAACCCAACGAGACAGCCUCCUUCAUCCUGACCGUUCUCUCCAAGGCAGAGACCCAUGUCCAAGAGCAUUCUGGUGGCCUUAUGGAAGUAGAUGGAAGAUCUGUGCAAGGAAAGAGGAUCAGCAAGGACAUGCGGAGUUUAAUGGAUUCAUAACAAUGGAGAGCUUCAUUAUUCUAGUCCUUCACUUCAACUGCAUGAACUUGGAUGUACCUUUUGAUGUGCACUUAACCUGACACAGGAGAUGAACUGCAGGAUUCACGUGGAAUUAUUUAAAUUAAUUAAUAAACUCAGCAGAUGAUGAGUUUAUUGGUGGUAUGAAAAAACAAUGCAUUUACCUCUGGCUUUGUUAAUGGAAGGUGUUAAAGAAGAAAUAAAGUUAGCCGGGUGUCGGGUGUGAUGAA